AUGGCAAGCAUGGACGGAAACGGAGAGACGAACUUGUUCUCUACGAACCCGACGAACGCCGCAGCCAACUAUAUUCCACUACGCAACGAUAUCUAUAAGAUAUUUAACGAGCGCCACUUCUGCCUAGUGUUAAAGGAGCCACGCUCGAAUAAGUUCGCCAAUAAGGGCGAAAGGGUGGUAGUCCUGAGACAAUUAGAAGCCGAGUCAACUUCACCUAAAGGCGAUAAUUGCCGAACGGGUGAGCUUAUGAAUGACAAUAUCCCACCCAAUACAGCCUCUCAGGCUAGACCUUACCUUAUCGCUCACGUCUUCAACUCUACGCCGAGCGGACAGCUUCCGAGGCUAUGGCAUAACCGGCGAGUCCACACCCUACCAUCGACAAUACCAGCUGAGUGCCUCUUUGCCCGAUUUACCUGGACUGUUUUCUCGCCAACUAUCUUCCGCGACUUUCUUUACGCAACAGAGGCAUUAUCUAAUCUCGUAUGGGACCCUAGCAAAUCUGAGCAUGAGGUGCAAGAGGCUAGCCCAGAAAGAUAUCGGGCCAUAUAUACUGCUUCAAGGUCUUUAAGUGAAAGUCCGACGAAGAGAUCUUGGAUUGAUAUCGAUAGGCAACAGGAAGAAGACAACAGACGGCCAAAGGAGGACGAGUAG